CGCCCAGCGGCCGUGGGGCUCCUGCGGGUCCCCGGGAAGCGGCGCAAAUUAACAGAUGUGCAUGAGGAGGUGCCUGGUCGGCCUCACGUUUUGUACCUGCUACCUGGCUUCUUACCUCACGAACAAGUAUGUCCUGUCUGUCUUGAAAUUUACCUACCCUACAUUAUUCCAAGGGUGGCAGACAUUAAUUGGUGGACUUUUGCUUCAUGUGUCAUGGAAACUGGGCUGGGCGGAGAUCAACAGCAGUUCAAGAUCUGAUGUUUUGACAUGGCUUCCUGCUUCAGUGCUGUUUGUGGGUAUCAUCUAUGCUGGUUCCAGAGCACUGUCCAGACUGGCCAUUCCUGUGUUUCUGACUUUGCAUAAUGUAGCCGAAGUUAUAAUCUGUGGGCACCAGAAGUGUUUUCAGAAAGAGAAAACAUCUCCUGCAAAGAUCUGUAGUGCCCUCUUCCUCCUGGCUGCCGCAGGGUGCCUGCCCUUCAACGACUCCCAGUUCGAUCCAGAUGGUUAUUUCUGGGCUGUAAUUCACUUAUUCUGCGUAGGGGCUUAUAAGAUACUACAGAAAUCCCAGAAACCCAACGCGUUAAGUGACAUUGACCAGCAGUACUUAAACUAUCUAUUCAGUGUGGUGCUCCUGGCAUUUGCAUCUCACCCCACAGGUGAUCUCCUCAGCGUCCUGGACUUUCCGUUCCUGUAUUUCUACAGAUUCCACGGCAGCUGCUGUGCCAGUGGAUUUUUAGGAUUCUUUCUCAUGGUCAACACAGUGAAGCUAAAAAGCCUUAUGACCCCAGGGCAGUGUGCAGCCUGGAUUUUCUUUGCUAAGGUGAUCACGGCUGGUUUAUCGAUAUUGCUGUUUGAUAUGAUCCUGACCAGGGCCACCGUGGGAUGCCAGCAUCCAGAGCAGGAACCAGAGCCUCAACGGUAUACCUUUCAGCCACUCAUCCACACAAGAGUAACCACUAUAGCCUCCUGCUCAGCGGCCUUGGAGAGGCCUUGCUGGUUUUCUCAGAGCGGAAGGGCUCCUAAACACAGGGAAAGUGGACUCCCAGGCUGCAGGUGGAGAACACCGCCCUGGGCUUUGGAGCUCCCUGUCCCGGCGAUAGAAAGAAGAAAGCAAGAACGAUGAGACGCUGCUGCUCGCCGUGUCGAGAACUUUUUCUGGGGUUUCUGGGCCGCUGCAGAGAGUGGACUGUGUCGAGAGGCUCCCCCAAGUCCUGCUGACUGUGCUGUGAGCCCAGCUGUGCAGAAACAGAUGCAGGAUUUCACCGGCAUGGGGAUGGCUCCGCCCACCUUGAUUGCCACGCAAGCCUCCUUACUAAACACCCUUCCCAGAUAAGCGUUCACUGCCUGCUAGUGGGCCCAAGGUAUUGCGUUGCCUUUUUGGUUUUGUUUCGUGAUUUUACAUCCUUGGAGACUCCGACACCCUUUCCUUGCUGUCAGGCUGGCUUGCCUAGAACUCAUACUCCCCCACCUAGGGGCGCAGAGAGAAUUCCUCGAGCGGGGCUAACACUCGGGGCGGGGGUGGAGGAGGUAAAUGGGGGUUCUGGGCCAAGUAAGACACCAGCAAGGACACUACUUCUCCAGAGUGCGUGCUGAAGCCUUUUUAUGGUUGUGUGUUGUGUUGAAUUCCAUACACCCUUUUUUGCCUACCAUUAGGUUAACUUGGUACUAAUGAUUACCAGAGGGAAUAGGAUUAAUAAGCACUGGUGGAGGAAACACCAAACAAACAUAGUUAUGUAGGGGCUUCCCAGGUGGGGCAGUGGUUGAGAGUCCGCCUGCCGAUGCAGGGGACACGGGUUCGUGCCCCGGUCUGUGAAGAUCCCACGUGUUGCGGAGAGGCUGGGCCCAUGAGCCAUGGCCGCUGAGCCUGCGCGUCCGGAGCCUGUGCUCCGCAACGGGAGAGGCCACAACAGUGCAGAGGCCCACGUACCGCAAAAACAAACAACAAAAACAUAGAUGUGUAAACGCACACACAGUUAUAUUCAUAAUCCAUUUAAUUCCCUGAUAUCUCAGAGGAGGUUUCAGAUCAUUGAACACUGAAAUAUAUUUUUCAGGCCAGAUUAAAAAUAGGAUGAAAACUCUAAACCUUGCCUUUAUGGGAGUCAAAAGAAAUGAAUUUGCAUGAAAUGGUCAUUUGAUUCUGAACCCCAAUGAAGGUUUAAGAAAAUAAUGUCUAGCUCCAAAUAUUCCUGCUCAUAAUAGGUUUUCUGAAUGCAUUAUACUCUGCCAGGUGUCAGUUUUCGUCAUUUUGAGACAGAAGGUAAUGAAGUCCAGGGAGUCCUGUCCAGGAAGGAUCCAGGCCCUGCAGGGUUGGACACCCUGUUAGUGAUGAAGGACCACCUCCAGCAUCUGGGAAACAAGCCUUGUCCAUUCUUGGCCUUGUGAAGACUAAGGUCAGCUCAGUCAGGCCAUUCUUCCUGCAGUUUUUUCUCCAAGUUGUUGAAAAAAGAAACAGAAGAUGAAACAAAUAGGAAUGGAUUAGUAUAUUUGGACCUUGAGUACCUUAAAUUCAUUUCCUUGUCUUUUCUUGGUCUCUGCUUGUCAUUUAAGGUAAACAUGUUCAGUGACCUUUAUACAUAUAUAGUUUCACUUUGCUUUUUGUUCCUAACCUGAAAUGUCAAACCUUCUACCAAGGAUCAAAUAGAAAAUCUGGGUUUACAAUUUUCUUUGUUCUUUUGCUCCCACAAAACCGUGUCCGUACACUUGAGGCCAGUUCUCUCUUUGCAGAAAGUGGUAUCUGUCCAAAUGUCAUCUUAUGUCUGUCUUUCCAAGUCUCAUUUGAGCAAAUGGAGAUUCCUAAGGCUAGAAAGAGCCAUGUACAGUUAACAAACCCUGUCCCCUGUUCCAGCAGGACUGACCUCAAAAACUUCUGCAGCAGAUCGAGAAAGACAAAUACCGUACGACAUCACUUAUAUGUGGAAUCUAAAAAAUAAUACAAAUGAAUGUAUUUGCAAAACAGAAACAGAUAUAGAAAACAAACUAGUGGUUACCAAAAAGGAGAGGGAAGGGAAGAGGCAAAUUAGGGGUAUGGGAUUAAGAGAUACAAACUACUGGGCUUCCCUGGUGGCGCAGUGGUUGAGAGUCCACCUGCUGAUGCAGGGGACACGGGUUCGUGCCCCAGUCCGGGAGGAUCCCACAUGCCGCGGAGCGGCUGGGCCUGUGAGCCAUGGCCGCUGAGCCUGUGCGUCCGGAGCCUGUGCUCCGCAACGGGAGAGGCCACAACAGUGAGAGGCCCACGUACCGCAAAAAAGAGAUACAAACUACUAUAUAUAGAAAAGAUGAGCAACAAGGAUAUACUGUACAGCACAGGGAAUUACAGCCGUUAUCUUGUAGUAACUUUUAAUGGAGUAUAGUCUAUAAAAAUAUUGAAUCACUAUGUUGUACACCUGAAAGUUAAUACAAUAUUGUAAAUCAACUAUACUUCAAUAAAAGAAAUAAAUGCACCUCAAAAAACCAAAAAACAAAAUUUCUGCUGCAGAGUUUUAGACCUUUUUUUUUUCUUUUUAAAGAAUCUCUAACAAGGAUUUUUUUUGGUUUUUGUUUGUGUGAUUUUUUUAACUUCAUUCCAGAGUCCCAUUGUUUUUAAAAUCUCAGGUCUUUUCUUACUUUGACGCUAGCAAGGGGCAAAGGAUAAGAUGUUUCUUCAAUAUACCAUCCUGUUUCCUUCAGCUUGCAUUUCUUCUUGGGAUUUUUUCUUCAAGCUUUUACCACCAUCUUUUAUGCCCAAGUUCACGUGCUCAGCUCUGAACUCAGGGUGAGCCUAGAGGGCUGUAAAUCAAGGGACUGGCCUAGAUUACUGCUCUCAUUCUCUGUGGCUCUCUGGGCCCCUGGCCCCCCUGGUGGGGAAUCCUCAGGUUACCCCAGCACUCCCUUUUACCCGAAAUGAUCCAUUUGGUGAUGUCCUAUCUGGGUCAUGCCCUUGCUGGCCCCAUGUCAAAGCCAGGGUGUUUUGUCUUUUUAUUUGUCCAAAUAACGAAUACGCUUUCUGUCAGGAGAAGCAAAGUUCUGUGUGAUUGUGUAUUAUUACUAAUCUGCUAUGGAUAUAAGGAAAAAUAAACCAUAUAUU